ACCACCGACCUUGUUCAACUCCCUUUAUCACUAUUCGGCUAGAAUCAUUUCCUCCUCACUGUCUUUGCAAAGGCCCGUAGUAACAAACCCUUAGAAGACUAAAGAUCAUCUCAAGAGCCUAACCAGCAUGACUGACGUCAUCCGCCGUUUCGUGUCUGGCAACAAAGCGAGAUUUAAAGACAAGCACCUUCACCUUGAGCUAGAUCUAGUAUAUGUGACCGACCAGGUCAUCGUUAUGGGCUACCCCGCCAUCGGGCUGGAGGGACUCUAUCGCAAUCGCCGUGAUGAUGCGAAGAAGUUCCUCGAGCAUCGUCAUGGCAAGAACUACUGGGUGUUCAAUUUCUGCCCCGUCCGCGAGAAUUCGUAUGCGCCGACUGUAUUUGAUGGAAGAGUUAGUCGGUAUCCAUUCCCUGAUCACCACGCACCUCCGCUUGCUGUUCUCCCUCUCGUUGCUCGAGAGAUGCGUGCGUGGUUGGAUGGAUCUCCUGACAGAGUUGCUGUGCUUCACUGCAAAGCUGGCAAGGGCAGAUCUGGCACCCUUGCUUGCUCAUACCUGCUCUCCAUGGACAUCACGCCUCACCCGCCUCGCCUCGAGCGCAGCAACACCACCAAGCAAUGGGCGCAGGUCAAAGUGGAAAAGCUUAUGCAGGUCAUGCCAACCGACGACCCCUCUGGUAGUCAGCCCGCCUCUCCACGCGUGUCCGUCGAGACGCUCUCAAGCGCAGAGGAUCUCACGUCCCCCGCUGAAACCGUCCCUUCCACAAGCACUGUCACGAUUCACGGCGAAGAGCACCCCAAUGGGACGAUAGAUGUCGCGCCCGUCUCCCUGAAGCAUGUGCUCGACCUGCAUACGUCCCGGCGGAUGAAGUCGCCUUCGUCGCCAACGAAGAAGGUCAAACAAGGUGUGAGCAUCCCCAGCCAACGGCGCUGGCUCGGUUACUGGUCGCAGCUGCUCGCGAACCAGGGCCCACAUGGCUUCUGGGAAGUCGACACUAUUAAGCCCAAGCCAAAAGUGCGCCUGACAGAGAUCAAGGUUCGGAUGAAGGACCUCGGCGGGGUUAGGGUCUCACUCGUGCGCGCCGCGAACAUGGUCAUCGACCGGACCAAGUACGGGCGGAGCGGUGGAAGCAAGGGGAACGAGCAGGGACACGUGUGGGUGUCGCUCGCGCGGUACGACGACGUGCUCGCGGAGGAGCUCGAGGCUUGCGAGCGUGCGACACGGCAUGAAAGCGGUAACAUGGGCAAAGUGAGGACGGCGCUGAACGAAGACGGCGAACGCGAGACAUCGAGACAUUUCUUCACGGAUUCGCAGUGGGAUUCGACCAAGAUGGUGCGGAGUUUUGCGCGUAUGGGUGUGAUUGGGAACAACGCGGUGCAGACCGAGAAAGCCGGAGAUGAGUUUCUGACAAAAUACGUUCUACGGCCUCUUUCGGACGAGCGGUGGGUCACCAUCAAGGAGGACAUCCCUCACGCGACCAACGGAGACAGCGGUGUCGUUAAUGACGCAGUGCCCUCUGAGACCAACUCCAUCGCCGACGUGACUCACCCGAGCCAUGAACGCGGCAUCGUGGUGGAUGCACACCGCGAAAUACGCGUCAAAUUCUACAUGGGCCAGGUGUUCAUUGCGUGGCUUUGGUUGAUCCCUGCUUUCCACGUUGAUCUUCCCGCCAUGACGCCCGGAACGGCGAGCACGAUUCUCCUCACCCGCAAAGAUACGGAUUUUCCGGUUGGAAUUGGUUCCGCGCUGUUGGACGUGGAAAUAUCGUUCGAGCGCUGCGCAGAAGAGGAGCCCGAGCAACCUCCGGGCUUCUCACACCCGCACAGCGUCACGACUCCUGCAGGAGAAGCGGAAGGUUACGCGGACGAGCCAACGGGUAUUGCUGCAAACGUAGACUCCAUCGCAACGGACGUGGUCGGAGGGUUUGUCGAAACGACGCAGGCCACCGCAAAUUGAGCGUGCCUAACGACCCCCGGUAGACAGGGGCUAUAUUACCGAAUGAAGCAGGAAUACCAUCAGUUGUGGUUUACGGAUGCAGACUUGUGCAAAUCUAGACUUUCUUUCUAGUUACGCCGACUCUCCUCGCUGAUUUCUCGUCGAAACACCUCACACUCACCACGAAUAUUCGUUAUACUAUUCGAACUUUCUUUCGCGCAACU